AUGUCUGUUCCGGCCAAAUAUGUCGAAUUUGUCUCUCCUGUUCUGCGCCGCAUUCCCAAUGACACCGCGGUAACGUACCAGUACCUGUUGACAUCUGGCUACGCAUACCAGCCUUUGAUCGAAUACCCCUACGUCUCCGACUUGGCAGAGGCUGCCAAGAGCGAUGCUCGCCCAUACUUCCCAACAGGCAGCGAGAUGACAGCCACGGUUUCACAGCUCGCCGACACAUUAUCGCUUCGCUCGCCAAUGCCAAUGUAUCAACAGUUGGAACAACAAGAACAAGAUAUUGUGAAGGGCGGAGGGACGAUUGGCCUUCACCGCUUGUUGGAAAGUUGGAGAAAGGACAUGAGCAAGAACAACAGCCAUUACACCCCCUGCUUCCUCAAUGUCGCGAAAUAUAUCUCCGAUCCCAGAACAUCAUCAUUAACCAUCUCUGCUGCAAAAGCGCGAACCCGUCCUAGUCCUUCCGACGGUGCAAAGCUCAGUAAAUAUCACAUUACACAGGAAUCGAGCCGGCCAGAUGCUGUGCGCAACGGACGCCCACACGACUUCGGUCCAUCUGCGGCGAUCUACCAUCCCUUCUUCGCCAAGUUCAUGCAGAGAAUGACGGAACCGUCCGAACAUCCGCCCAGCGACUUGAGCAUUGCUUAUCGAUUCGUGACACAGGCUCGCGCAUUCUAUACCACGGAGACCGAUCGACAGGCGGCGUUGACGUUCGCAAUGAGGAAACUGAUCCACAGAACAUUCGGAACCAUCGUGAUGGUGGUCGACGGGAAGGAAGUCCGGCCUGACGGUCUCAUGUACUCCUCUCAUUCUGUGGGAAAGGUAGAUCCUGUGCACCUGAUUAUGGAACUGCAGAACGAGAUUGGAGAGGGUGGUUGUGACCCGGCUGCAGAGGCCGAGUGUUUCUACGUCGCGAUCAACGCCUCGGCGAAUUACGCACCACUGCGCAGAGUGUCGUCCUGUCCUGCGUUCAUCAUUAGUAUGGUUGGUCCUUACACCCAGGUUUCUGCCGCCCUCUUUGCGGAUGGCUUCAUACGGCAACCCCUGACGGACUACAUAUGCCUGAGCCCCGUCCUCACGCCUGGGAAGCCAGCUCUCGAGACAGUGGUUCGCAAAGUGGACCAUCUAUUCGGCGUCACAUCAGAAGCUGCCUUCCCGACAUUGACGGCUACUACGGGGACCUGGAAUCAUCUGACAUUCCCGUCGCGGCUCCCCUCCGGUGGUACGGUUACUCUGGAAUAUACGAAACACAUCAACGCGGAUCGCAACGAGCGGGCCGUAUUCAAGGCCGUUGCGACGCACAUCGCGGACAAGGACACAGUGCAAGGCCACGCGUCACGGUCCCAUGACGUUGUCGUCAAGUUCACGCCCGCCUACGGGAAAGAGGGUCAUCAACUCCUAGCUGACAAGGAUCUGGCGCCACGGUUGUGGUACUGCGAGCAAGUCCCCGAGGUGGGAAAUAUGUGGGUUGUGGUGAUGGACUGGGUCGAGGAACGCGAAGGUUCACUACCUGCUGACAAACUCUCAGCGGCGGUGGACGCGCUACAUAACGCGGGCUUGGUCUUCGGAGAUCUUCGAGAACCGAACGUGAUUAGGACCGAGAAGGGCUUGAUGCUCGUCGACUUCGACUGGUGCGGGAAGGAGAACGAAGCGAGAUAUCCGCUAGCGAUCGAUACCAGCCUCGUUUGGGCGAAGGGGACGGUUCCUGGAGGGCUGAUCACGAAGGCACACGACGAGUUUAUGAAGGCGCAGCUGUUGAUGUGA